AUGGGCUUAGUCGAGGCCCGAGCUAAAUUCAAGGCCCAAUCGUUUGUCCUCAAAUAUAUCUUCAAGGUUGUUUGCCUCUCGAAAACUAAGCAGUCGUCGCUCGUUCUUCUCGCCAUGGAGAAUUCCGCUAUUGAAGGGAUGAAAUCGAUGGAAAUGGAGGAUCGUGAUGCAGCCAGUCCAAAAACCAGCUUAUUAUUGUCCCGCGAAAAACUAGCAGCCGAUCGUUUAUCUCUCAUAUCCGCUAUGGAGAAAGCCGCCGUGGAAGGGUUUAAACCCAAGGAUAGUGAAGCAGCCAUUCGAAAGAUCAGGAUUUGCGUUGAGGGAUAUGACACUUCACUCCCUUACGAUGAUGUCAAGAGCGCAUUGAAGAGUCAUUUAUCUUCAUGUGGAGAGAUCUUGGACAUUUGUAUUCCAAGAUAUGUUGAACCUGAUGCUCUCAACAGAUACGACGCAGGGAAGCUAACUCCUGAAAUGUCUCCUAAGACUUUUGCGAUUAAGAAUAGCUACAUCACAUUUUCUGGAUACUGGAUGUGUGUAUCGGGAUAUGACACUUCGCUUCCCGAUGACGAUAUCAAGAGGGUGAUGAUUAAACAUUUCUCUCCAUGUGGACCUAUCACUCAAGUUCACCAGCUUGGUUGA